AUGGGAAAGACAAAAGCAAAGAAACGGUCCUUUUUUAGGAACAGGCCUACAGGCCUUCCGAGUGUGAAAGAAGCGCAAAGGGAAGAGCAAGAAAAUAAUGCUGAUGUCGUUGCAAAGACUUCACCCUUGAUGGAAAAGGUAAAUACAACUGAAGAUAAAAUCUUCCUUGGCUCAGAUUAAUAAUUGCUUUAUUUAAAUACCCCGCCUCUGAGCCUUUGAGUCUCUUAACAAUUUGCUGGCCUUUUUUUCCACGGGAUAUGUUAUUACUGGGGCGCGGGAGUCGUUCAAAAGACAGACGUCUUAAUUCACGGUUUUUACUGUCACGCCAUCAAAAAUAUAAAUGCAAAUCAUUCAGUACAGAAAGUCUAGAAUCUGAGAAAUGAAAGAAGAUAAAUCUACAAAAAGCCCUGCCAAGAAUCAGGUCUGUGCAAUAUUUCGUAUGUGAGAUAUUCAGAAAAACGUUUUACCCAAAUUUAUAAAGCUUUGUAUGGAAACGCCAUGUUGCUGUCCCUUUCAGGGACACCAAUAUGGCUGCCGGAAACCAACAGAAACAUCUGUUUUUGAGUUUUCCUACUAAUGCCUGAAUUCUUCGCUUGAGGAAUUCAUAAAGAUUAAAGUAAUAUUUAUUGUGAGACAAGAAAUAUUUAGAUAGCAAAAUCUCCCAAAAUCAGUAACGUUUUUAACCCACAUAAGAGCUUCCCUGGCUGUCAGCGAAAUGCUGUGUUAUGCAAAAGCCUGGAAAGCCUGAAAAACCUUUUUGAACCAAAAAUUUGUUUAUAGAAAGGCGUUCAGGUACUGUAAUACCUCAUGAAAGUAGAAACUCAGAAGAAUCAAUAGUUUUUUUUGAAUUUUGGUGACGUCAUGUGAAAACCUGAGAAUUGAUGGUUUAGUGUGUAUUUUACAAGUUAAGCUGUAUUUUGGCUUGAAUAGUGGGGAAUUUUGAAAAGUUGGUAAAGGUGUAGAGUAAAUUGGGAAAGGAAAUUGUAUUUGUUUGGCUUAAUCUGUGCUAGAUUGAAAAUUGCCAGUUAAAUACUACUUUUUUAACCUCUGGUUGGUCAUUACAUUAAGGCUGAGGUCUGAGAUUUCCCUGUAAUGACUGAAUGGACAAGGUUAAUAAGUUAUUUAUUGUAUGGCCUUUUCAUUAUGGACCUGAGUCUGCGAUCAAGAAUAAAUAUUAUUAAAACCAGUUACUAUAAUUUAAAAAAACACAUCACCACAAUGAAUGAUUCAUUGUGGUGAAUGUAUUGCAGGCUCAAGAGAACAAUUAUUGUACUCUUGAGCCCGCCAUACAUUCAUGUGACACUGGUCAGUGGAUAAUACACUUUUUGACAGCUGUCAAUUGAAAAUAACAAGGAUGACCAUAAGGAUAUCCACUAUCAAGUUAAACACAGAUUGUAUAUGCCUUUGACACCUAGUUAGUAAUGCCCGGUCAUUAGAAGAAAAUAAUAAUGGUUGUUCAUUACAAGAAAACAGCCAAUCAGAGUGCACAUACUAUUGAAGCUUUAUAAUAAAGAGCUAUAUUUCAAUGUAUUGUAGUGUCUAUUUCUAAAUUUUCAUGGCCGUUGUCCAUUUUAGCUAACAAGUGCAAAUCCAUCUGAGCGUGAGUGUGCCUGUGCAGGUCUGGCAAAUUUGGUGUUUGAUCCAGGAGCCAUUCCAUCACUUCUUCAGCAAGAUAUUGUACGAAGGCUUGGACCAUUGUUGAUUGACUGCAACAGAGCAAUACAGGAGGGUGCUGCAGGAGCUUUGAGGUAAAAAAAUGUAAAAGAAGAAAAACUUCUAAACAGAUGUAGAAAUAUAUAACAAACAUAAAAAUAAUAAUAAUAGUAUAGAACUAUUUGCCUAUGGGGAUGUGAAUGGUGUUGGGUAUAUCCCAAGAUGUGAGGCAUUGAUUUAUGUAUCUAGCACUUUGCACCCACGCUGAGAGGGAUGGUUGUUUUAAUAUUUGCCAAAAUAUUAUUGGAUAAAAAUGAACACUCAAAAAUAAUAAUGUUUUAAAUAAAACAUGUCACUUAACAAAAAUUAUUGUCUUAUAUGCAUCAGUAUGCCUAUGUCGAGAUAUGAAACGUGCAGGAAGUUUGGAGAGGAUGAAAGAGGUGUAAGAGUUACCUGAGGUGGAGCUGAGAGCAACUCUAGCCUCUUGAGAGGAUCUAAUUAAAGGGCUUUGACUGGCAAAAUUUGGUGUUUUGGAUUGGCGGUUGCUUACAGGAGGUGGUGGCAUUUGAGAUGUAACAAUACGAUCAACCCUCCAUGUGUGACCACAGUACAACCCGGAUAACUCAAACCCGGAUAACUUGAACUUCCCACUAACUGGAACUGAGUCCUACUUCCCUUGGAUUUCACCGCAGUUUUCAGUCGUUUUUACUCAGUUAAGGUAUCAUCCAGGGUAAAAAAUCGUCAUUUUUCGAAAUUUUCGAUUUUUAGAUAGUUAAGUAGAGCUCAUCAAGAGCUUUCUUUUAAAAAAAAUUCUAGGAAAAAAUGUUUUUUCUGUGCAAACUUAUGGAGCGCAAAAGUUUUUUCUAUGCUAAUUAUUUUAAUUGAUCGUUGACAAGUCCUGUCAUACUUGAUACGCACGCCACUGUUGAACCAAGCUAAUCACGCAAUUUGACAGAAAUCGUGGUCUACAAGUAUAGUGCUCACUGUUUUUCCCUGGAUUUUGGAAGUGAGUGCCUCCAAAGAAGAAAAAAGAGCCAAGCUUGUCCGUUUUCGUCCUUGACUCCAAGACGAAAGAAGACGACAAAAUCGUUUUGCAAAGUGUGGGCUUCGAAACUAGCAGAGAGCGACAAGGGCUCCUACUACAAUCAAGGAAAAUGGCUUAAGGAUGACAAAGCUUCUGAAAAGCCAGAUGAAACUACCGCGAAAUCGAGUUUCACGAGUUUCUUAUCGAGCGGAGCGAGCUUUUUAGGCCGCGAAGCGAAGCGGCCAGGCGUGCGAAAAAUUCGCAACAGGUCCCGCGCCAUAUAAAAAUCGGACGAAGGACUUUUUUCAAAGUCUAUUGUAACGGGAGAGCAGCUUCAAGAAAAACUCCAGGAAGCGGUUUGUUGUCGAUUUUUCCAGGGAAGUGUUGAACUUUUGGAAUAUGUAUCGAGUAAAAGUUGGCUGGCUCAGAAUGAAAACUGCCCGUCGCAAAUAACUAAAGAUGUUUUCUCGAAAACAGAAGGAUCGAACAAAGCAGAGCCUUUGAAAUAAAUUGUUCAUCUCUUGUCGGGUUUCGUUUGUAACCUUUUCCUGCUGUGUCACUAUUGUUGUCCCUUUUCUGGUAUGCUUCAACAUUGACAGCUUAGGUGUUAUAAUCUGUUAUAAUCUCGUCACGGGUAAUAGGCCGCCAAAAAUCUUUUUCCCCUGUUUUCUCGAAAUGAAAAUCAGGUCAAGUUGAGGGUACGUUUCAAACUCCAAGUCGGCAACCCGUGAACCAAUUUGGCUGAAAUUUGGCUAACUUACUGUCAGAUAGUUUUUCUAAAAAACGGUGUCUGCGAAUUUUGAUUUCUUUUUUCGUUUUCGAGUAAGAGUAUUUUUUCAUAGGUAGUGCUAAUGAUUUGCUAUCCUUAUCUUCAACUGCUUAUAACAAAAGAACAAACCCACUGGACAAAAAUCUGAGACACGGUUUUUCAGUCAAACGUGUUAAGAAGCGAAUGAGAUCUUAAUUGGCUUCUUCCGUUUAUUUUUCGCUGGCCUGGACUUAAAUUUACAGUGACACCCACUUUUACAAAAAGCUUCUCAUUUCUGAAUCGCGUUAAUGUUUUGAUUUUUUAAAAGGAAUAAGCAAUAAUCUGAAACUAUUAAGCUUUCAGAAAAUGUACGGUUUAUGGGGGUAUUUAUUAAAAGCAAAGGCGCUAGCGCCGAUCAACGCGGGGAGGGUGCUUGAGGGUGGAUGAUACCUUAACUCAAACUCGGAUUACUUGAAUUCCCCUCUAACUCAAACUUGAUUUCCUUUCCUUGAUCAAAAUUUCACUGAAGUUUACCCCAAUAAUUCAAAUUCUGGUUCUUGUUACCCCACUCAGAUGCCAUCCCAUUAGCUCUUCUUGUUGUAUAAACACUAAAACUAACUGUAAAUCAAUUUGAUUUUUAUUAGUGCAAGAAACAGAUCGCGUUCGAUCAUAAAAAUGCAUAAUCAUGUUACCGUUCUUGAUGAAAUUAGCAACUUUGCACUGUACUAUGCACACUGAAGUGCUGAUUAAUCAGUAUUAUCAAUAUUAUUAAAGUGGCGAAUUGAAAAUUCAAUCAAUCCAGAUAACUUGAACCCCUGCUAACUCAAAGUGUUUUUUAUUUCCCUUCAGAGUUUGAGUCACUGGGUUUCUACUGUCAUAAUGUUAAUAAAUGUCAAUAGUAAAUAAUUAUUGUUUUCAUAAUUAUAUGAAUGUUAUCGUUCAUGUUAUGAUCAUUUAAAGACUGUGUUAAUACUUUGCAGGAAUCUAAGCCUCGGAGGUGGCCCUGAUGUGUGUGUCAAAAUGGUUGAACAAGAUGUAAUGACUCCUCUUACUACUUUUGUACGACAGGUACACUAUGUGCAAUUUACGUCGAUGAUAAUAAUGAUAUUUUUAUUAUAGCCAAACCAUUAAAUUUUGUCUUUUAACACCAUAUUCUUUAUAUUUCAGUCUCUUGAUGCUUUGGGUGCUAUAAAUGAGAGUACAGGCAAUUCAGAGUUUAAAAGGCAGUCAACAAGCUUAGCAAUACAAGCUGUAAGCUUACUCUGGAAUCUUUGGUGAGUAAGGUUAUCUUAAUAUCAAAUCAUCAGAUAAGUUUUUCAUUUUCACUGGGAGUGGCCAAUGCAAAUUACAAAAUGCAGCAUGAUAAUAAUAAUAAAAAAUUGAUAAUAAAAAAGUAUGGGAAGUGCCUGAGAUUUUAGUGAACUAACUUGAAAGAUCAUCUUGUUUAUAUUUUUAAUGACUAUUUUUUCUUUACAGUGAGAGCAGUGGUACAGCAGUGGAAAUUUUUAACAGUCAAGGACUUCUUCCUUACCUUGUUUCAAGCCUAAAAACUGAUCUUUAUCCAACAACUGUUGCUAUUCCAGCUGGUGAGGUUUUCUGCAUAUAAAUUUUACUAAAAAGUCUAAGUAGUUUUGUACAUCGUUUAUGAUCAUUUAGUAACUAUACUGUCAAUUUUAAUAAAUUAUUAGAAUUAAUUUUGUCAUCAGAAUUUAGAUUUUCUGAAUACAUUAAAAAUGCAGAUUAUUAAAAAAUAAGAUGAUUUAUUAUUGUAAGUUAUUUAUAGCAUAUUGCCGACCACAAGUAUUUCUUUUUUGGAGUUUAGAUUUUUUUAUGGGAUUUAAACUUUUUUUUUGUUUUUAAGUAAAAGCAUUUUUUUUGUUUUUCUGGGGUAGCAUCCUUCCAGACUCCCCUAGCAGCUCGCACCCUCGGCACUCACGUGAUUUGUUGGUUAUUGAAAAAUAUCCCAAUUUUACGUUCCCAAAAGAUUGGACUGUCAGUGUGUCAUUGUUUUUAUGUCUGCUCUUUCAGCUACAUUUCAGUUUCAUCUGUAUUAACAAUGUUUUUUAACGUUUGAUAUGAUAUAAGGUAAAUCACUGCUGAAUGACCAAACAUGUUUCAACUGCAAUCUGGGACAAAAUUGUUGAGACAUUGUCCUCAAAUAGGGUAACUUCGGAAAACAAAACAUUCCUCACCCCUCCUCCCUUGCCUUCACUGAAAGUUGAAGUGUUUUUUCUACAGGUAGCUCAAACAGUAGUACAACAUCGCAUGGAGGGGAUAGGAGAGGGGAAAAUUUAUUCUCUCUUUUUUAAGUUAGCAAAACGUUAGUGUGUCAACUAAUUUUGUUGCCUAUUCUGGCUAGUUAAUAUUUUGAGCUGUUGAUCUAACUGAUGUUUCUAUUUGUCCCUUGUAGCCCAGUGUCUUCAUACUGUCACUGAAGAUAAUGUGUCAGCUGCUCAGCUUAUUUGUGGCUCAAGUGAUAUGAUGAAGACUCUUGAGAAGUCAUUGAUGGCCGAUGGUUCAUCCAGUGACAUGCUACUGCUCAAAGUCUUAACUGCAGGUAACACCUGGGGGAUGUACUGUAUUUCCUCAAAAUUAAUAAUAGCCCCCUUCGAGAGAAAGGUCUAAUUAAUCACCUCCCCCUCUAUAAGUUACCCACUAGGGAUACCCAUAGUGGUAAACUUGGAGGGUGAAGCUUAAGUGGAGUCUGAUCCAGCAAAACUGUAUGAUCAGUGAAAGUUCAAGCUCUGUUGCCUAGAACAUUAACAUUGGUCAUGGAACCAAAUUUGGACCACUUUAAAUGCCAAAAUGUUCAGUUUAUUUGACGUGAGUAUUUUUUGAUUUAAUGGCAAAAUAGAACAAAAUAUUUAGGUCCAUCUUUAAGCGGGCAAUAUUUUAAAUAAUUGCCUCCCUUGAAUAAUCACCCUGUUUCGGUGAGAAAAAAGAAAUGAUUGUCCCUGGCUAUUAUUCGAGGAAAUACGGUACUCCCUUAUACGGAAAGAUGCUACGGAUGGGGUAUGGUUUAUGUCCUUUUGAUUCUGUCGUGAAGGGUAUUGCCUGCAUGACUGAUUUUAUUUGCUAAAUGAAAUUUGUUUGUACUCCAACUACAGAAAUGACUGUAGGGUGAACUUGCUCUAUUAUUGUAAUUACCAGUAAUGGUUUUGGAAUGUAUCUUGUCCUUUGUCCUAAACAGGGUUAAUUUAGGGUGUGGCCCUUAACAGGAUAAUUGUAUUUUAUGAUUUUUUUUUGUCCUAAACAGGGUCAGGGCUUCAAACCCUCAGCAGCUCACCUUUUCCCAAAUAUUGGUUGACUGAAAACCAUGUAAAGUUGAUCCAAAAAUAACAAUGAAAAUGAAAAAGUAAAAGUGACAACUGCUGUGUAUUUUUUAGAGCUGCACAUGCCCAUUGUAUUUGAAUCAGGAGGCCGCAAAGUUUUUGACUUAUAAACAGGGAUUUGGGCAGUUUUGGCUCAUUGUAGCCAGACAGUGACCAGAAAUCAGUUUGACUACCUUCAAAAGGCGAUUUUUGGCCAAAUUCGGUUGCAGUCAAUUUUAAUCCAUUAACUCUUUAUUAAAGCUGGUAUAGAUGUGAAUCCAACUCCUUGAUUUGCCUCCAGUGAGUUUAGCAUGUUGUAAUUCAAAAUAUUGUUUUGUUUCAUCAUCUUUAAAAAACCCUCAAGGAAGAGGAUAGAUAUUAUUAUUUGCACUAAGUAAUGUUCUACAUAAAUUAACAGAAAGGUUGAUAAAGUGAUCCUGUUUUCUCAGAAAAGAUUUUUCUUUGUUGUCAGGUGUGUUGUAUAACAUCCGUUACGCUAUACCAGUGUGCAGUUUUAAUGAGCUUCUUCAAGCUGUUGUUGGGGUCUUGGCUCAAGUGCUUGAUGUCAACUGCUUUGAUGUUAUUGGUAAAUUACUUCCAGAACCAACUAAGGUAUGUGCAAACUUAAAUAAUAAUAAUAUUAUUUUGAUGAACAGUUAAUGAAUUAAGUUUUGGUACGUUUUGUAUUCUGUACAGCCCCCAAAAUGAUCUCCUGAAAUGAUUCCUACCCUGUAAUGAUCUCCAAUUCCACCCUGAAAUGAUACUGUCCUUGAAAUGAUCCUUAUUUCUCUUCAUGUCAACCCGGAAAUGAUCCCCAAUUAAUAUUAGGCAUGGAAUGAUAUCCUAGAACUAUGGAUCAAGCAAAAUGCACAACAUUAAUUUAAGUUUCACUAACAAUCUUACUCAAUUUCCUGAUGGAUUCCAUCUUAAAAUGUGUCAGGUCAUUGUGUUGAUUGUUAUGUGAAAUUUUUUAAGUGUGCCUCACAAAAAAUGAAGAAAACAGGCCCUGUGUUCCAUGCGACUGUGUUAAUAUGGCCCCUUAACAUCCUGUAUGUAGUAUAAUAAUGUUAUGUUUUAAUGAUGUGUGGAAUGCAGGAAAACGCUAGUGUCCUCUUUUUAUAGUGGUAGUCAGGGUUCUGUGCUAGAAAUUCAUAAUUAAAUUAUAGCUGGCUGUCUCUGAUCUCACAUAAUUGUCCAUUAUCUUGCUACAAUCCAUAAUAAAGAGAGAAGUGUUUUUUGUAAAUUGAAUAAGAGCAUUUUGUUUUUUAUAACGCUUUACUACACAAUCUUCAGUGAUUCCUGCAUUAUACAUUAUAGAUUGAAGAAGUUCAGAUGCUUUUGAAUGCCCAGCAACUGGCUUUAGAAAUUCUGUCAAACAUGUGCUGCCCUGAUGGUGAGUAA